UUAAAAUUGCUCCGUGUGUUUGACGUAACAUAUACGUAUACAUACAUGUAUAUAUUCUCAUUCGUGUCAUUGCACUUAUCGCGAGAUAAUGAGGCGCGUUGAUAAAUAUGCGCCAAAUGUGUGCAAAGAAUUGGCUGAUAAAUAAAUACACCAAGAGCUGCGCGUGCACUCGCGCUCGCGAACAAAGACGCAGUUACCACUUAUUACGAACGAUCAACGUUUGGAUGAAGUUGCAGAGCCGGUUUUUAUCGUUCAAACUCUUCUUCGAGCCAGUCUCAGAGCGUCCGCUGCUCGUGUCAGAACAUAUAUUCCUAGCUUUCACGUGCAAAACAUUUAUAUCGCUUUAAGAAUGUGUAUUUUAAACACGUGCUCGGCAUUUAAAUGAAUUAAAAAUUAAACGCGCGAGAGUGCUGCUCGUUUAAAUCAACAUAAUUAUGAAAAAUUUUGGAUUUUGUCCAAUUAAAUUAUAAUUAUUUAAUUAUAUAUUUUUCAAUAACGUUAAUUUGUUAAUACAGACUUGACAAACAUCUUCGUUAAACAUCUGCGCUUGAUUGUAUAACAAGCAAGUUUACGAGUUUUCGUAAGAGAAAAUUAGAACGUCUGAAUUAUUAAAAUAUCAAAUAUAAAAAGUCAGCAAUUAAAUACGAAUACUUUUGUGGACUCUCGCCGGAAAUGUAAAUGCAAUGAAAUUGUGAGGUGAAUCGAAGUGUGAGAAGAAUCUUAUCUCAUACCCAGCAGAAAGAUAUUAUAACUCGUAUCUUAUCGGACAUUAAUCCAAACUUAAUAUCGUACGUCGAGAGAGGACAAUUAAGUCUACAUUUUAUCAUGAGUACGAGCGCAGAAUACAACUGAAAAAUUCUAAGAAUUGCAUACUCUCAUGAAGCACUUGUAAAAGAGUGAUCAAUACGAUUGACAGAAUGGCACGUGACAAAACAGACGAAGGCUGGGCAUGGGCUAUUGUUGUCGGUGUAACUGUUAUCAAUUUAGCCGUGCUGCCGGUGCAACAGUGUUUCGGACUUAUUUUUGCGGAACGUUUUACAAGUCUCGGUAUCACCGCGACGCAAACAAGCCUAAUUCUUCAUCUUAAUGGGACAAUAACGUGCAGUCUAGGCCUGAUAAGCGGUCCAAUGAUGAAGAGAUUCGCCUUUCGUCAGGUCGCAUAUUUCGGCGGUCUGACGAUCGUUCUUGGAAUCUGCACCGCUGCUUUCGCCAUAUCUCUUCCGACUCUUAUUAUCACUUACUGCGUUAUUAUCGGUAUCGGGCAAGGAAUUGUUUUUUUAUCGACAAGCUUAGCUCUGAACACGUAUUUUCGCAAGAAGCGCAACGUAGCUAUGGGUUUUUCGGUUACAAUGACCGGUUUGGGUCCAAUCUUGAUGCCCCUUUUGAUAGAUGUGCUUCUCGAGAAUUAUGCCACCACCGGCACUCUUUUGAUCCUUGCUGGGAUUGCCACACAUUCUUUUAUCGGUGCAUCGUUAUUAAGACCAUUUGAAAAGCAGAAAGAGAUUAUUCUGAUAGAUAAAACUACUGAUAUAUUGAAGGAAGAAAAGAUUUGGGGAAAAACAGAAGCUUCGUGUGCUGAAAACGAGGCAAACAAACAAGACGACAUUGUUCAAUGUCGAUUAUUAAAUGAAGAAGAUGCCGAAAAGGAAAAACAAUUGAAUCAUUGUUUGGAAAAUAGUAAAGCAAAAAUGAAUAAAAAUGGAAGAACCUCAUUUCUCAAAAACAUUGCCACGAAUUUGGAUCUCGAUCUUCUUCGUGACAGUCGUUACACAGCCAUAGUAUUAGGUAUGAGUGUCUCGUUGGUGGCGGAAACGAAUUUCAACGUGAUGAUACCUUUCGUCCUGGCCGAAUUGGCGAAUCUCAACCGAACGUCGAUAGCUAUGGUGAUGUCGAUCCAGGCUGCCGCGGACAUCACAGGGCGACUUUGCGUGCCACUGUUGGCACAAAAAGCUGGCUGGACGUGCAGGAACCUUUAUGUGAUAUCCCUGCUGGGAUCGAUCCUUGGAAGGACUAUUCUAUCGACAUGGGGUAAUUCCUACAUCAUCGUGAUCGGAGUAUCUCUGAUCGUCGGAUUGGCAAAGGGAACCAAGGCUGUCUUCCAAGCUCUAAUUAUUCCCGAUUACGUACCAUUGGAGAAGUUGCCGUCGGCAUCCGGUAUUCAGAUGGUCUGUAACGGCAUCCUGUCUAUUAUUGUGGGACCAAUUAUUGGUUUAGUGCAUGAUUUAACGGAUAAUUACGUAGGUGCGCUAUAUUUUACAUCACUUCUCAGCUUGUCCUGUGUCUUCUUGUGGUCUAUAAGUGGACUUUGGACCCCUGGUAAGAAUAAUUUAAGAUUGACUCAACAAAAUCCAGAAGACAAUAUUCAUCAAAAUGUUUGAAAUUCAUUUGAUAACGGUUUAGCAUUUUAUGACUGCAAAAUUUAGACUAUAAGUAUAAAGAUAUAAAAUAUAGAAAAAGAUAUAAAAUAUAGAAAAUAAUAUAAAUAUAAAUAAACUAUUGUGUGAUAUAACUUAAUAAUAUAUGUAUAUGUUAUUAUAAAAGAAUAUUUAAUUUCAUUUUAUUUUAUGAAAUUUUUUUAUGAUUU